CACAGAGUUUGACUUCUUCUAAGGUGGUAGACGACAGCUUUGGGGUUGCCAAUUUCUUCCAAACUCGCUUCUUGAAAACCAACCGGCCAAGCUCGGAACAGAGGGAGAAUUUCUUAGCUGGUUUAACGAUCGCGGAUUGCAAUGAGAUCCAAACUGUGGUGAAAAACUUUGUGAC